UAUAUACAUGUAUAUAUGGAGGUAGAGGGAGAGAGAGAGGGCUCCAGGCAGACUGAAAGUUUUCCUCCUCCGUCUCUCUGCUGUGCGGCUCAUUCAUGCAGCGGAUGUUGAGACACGCGGGUGGGAGCGCACUUCUCUCUGAGGAUGUUAUGAUGGUGUGAUCUGGUCUUCGCCUCAGUCCACGGACCCCGGGGUUUUUGGUUGUCUCUCUCUCUCUCUGUGUGUGUGUGUAACCAUGAGCGCUGACUGCAGCAGUUACCACAGCACUGACGGUGCGUUCGUGGACAGCUUCUCUUGCCCCAAACCUGGAAACGCCGCUGCCGCUGUCUUCUGCUGCGGCUUCAAUGAUGUUAAAUACUGCUGCGAUGAUCCCAACAGUUUCUUCCCUUAUGAGUACGGAUACAUGUGGUGGCUGAGUAUCGGAGCACUGGUUGGUCUGUCCAUUGCAGCGGUGGUCCUCCUUGCCUUUCUCAUCACGGUGUGUGUCCUCUGCUACCUCUUCAUCGCCUCUAAACCCAAUCGUCUUGACAACGGCCUACCUCUCAGGGUACCAGGAGAUGCCAGCGAGGGAUCCAGCCAUUCGAGAGCGACCCGUGCCUCUGGUCCGCAGGGAUUCAGGAAACACUUCAGCAGGAAGCUGGACUGUGACAACCAGCCGCCGGACCCUGAGCGCCUGUUUCAGAGAUGCUUCACAGCCACCGUCACCAGUGUGAAGGUGGAGAGUCCAUCGUAGGUUCAGCUAGAGUCACUUGUUUUAAGAUUAUGGGACCAGCAGUCCAGAGGUCAAGAGAGCCAGUUAAUGUGGAAGCACAUUUUGCGGCCAGGGAAGGACUGUGACCCUGGGUUGUGGUGCUUGAGCCGAGAGAAUAUUAUCUUAGAUUAUAAAAAGAACCACUAUUGAAUGCUGAGAACAACACAAUCACACACUAGGAGGGCUCUGAACUCUCAUGCCUUGGGUCAUUACUUUCACGCACUGAAUUUCUAUCCUUCUCGUGGUCAAGGUGUUUCAGCACUCUGCAGCAGCAGCAACUGUCCGAUUAUGAACGGAAAAUAAUCAUCCUGCAUCUUCUUGGAGGAGAAUGAGUAUAAUUGGCUUCUUUAAAGCCAAAGAUGGACUUUUCCAAUGAUAAAAGCACAUGCCAUGGCAACAAAUGUUGCGGGGUGAGAGUUGUGGUCUGGCUUGCAGUCAGGAUGUGCAGCUCCAUGUGCGUCUGGGGAAGAUGCGGGGGAUAAACAAAGAACAAGAGCUGAGCCUGGACAACAACACCCUCUUUUGUUGCAUACAUUCUGCUCAGGGACCCAGGGAUUUGUGAAGAGGAUCAACAGUGUGAUGAGAAAACUCCUCACCCACAAUCAUUUGUUGGUUCACAUGGUUGAAAUUAUUCAUGUUUGUGUCCAUCUGACAGGGGAUCACUUGUAAACCUCCAUGUAAUAAGUGCGGAGGCUGGGGCGAAUGGUCGGCCAUAUCUGACUCUGACACUGGCUGCUGAUUGUGCUGGAGAACUGCUCCCCCUUUAACUAGCACACACCAAAACUGAGAAGACUAUCGUAGCUUAAAGGCUUUAUCUAAAUAGAGCACAACCUUUAUUAAUGGGAUUUCAUGUCAAAAUGGUUGCAAUGAAAAGGGUCUAUUGUUGCUGAACAAAAGUUACUGAGCUGACAAGUUUGCUGUCUGAACCAUGGACUGUUGUGACACACUGUAUAUCAAGAUGGUCGAUGUGUCUCCACUUCCUCCCACUGUCCAGAAAUGAAGCUUGAAUGUCCCUGGAUACAAACGCUGCCAUCUUGCACAUUUGGAGCCAGAGUCUGUGGAGUAGUGAUCGGGGGAUGGAGCCGUGGCAGCAAUGGAUGCGUUCGACCAAUCACGAGUCAGUCAUCCGCUGCCGAGGUGCUUUGGCUUCACCUUUGGGGAGCUGUCAUGGUCUGACCCGGGAGGGCUUUAUUUUCCUUCUUUAAUAAAGUUUUUGAACUUAAUCCCUUUGAAAUGUUGAACAAAAUGCCAGAACUAUAAAUAUAUAAAGAAGCUACAGGAACUAUUGUGACUGAAGAGUGAGUUAACAGUGAACUCGCGGCUCACAAUUGGUCUUGUGGGGCCACUGUUGCUGUCUCUCAUUAACUGCCGUUCCUCAAGGUUACAGAACAAGAAACUGUUUUUUGUAAUAGUUAAAUUUGCAGUCUUGGAAGACACUGGACAUUUCCAUAUGGUUAAAAGCCCAACAUCCAAGACGUGUGUGCCACUGUGGUCCAGCGCGCUGAAAAAGAGAUUCAAACAGUGUUCCUGCACUUCCUUGAAAAAAGAAACAUCACAAACCAGCUUCUGCAUGGCUGCUGCAGAAUUGAUAGCACAAUGCAUAGUAACGCAUAUACAUUCUGGUGGAUAUUUUUCAUCUUCAUAUCAAAACACAAAGUGUCAGAAAUGUCAGUAUAAUAUUACAUAACGUAUAGAGAAGAACAAUAAGACAGCUGGGUUUCUGUGUACCCACAAACGCUCUGUGACCUGUAUCUACUGAAGAACUUGCAAUUGAAUUUCACUUGUGCAUUUGUUAAAAAGGAAAUUUACUGAUUUAAAUGUUGUAUUCCCAUUUCAGCAGUGUUAAAUGUGCUUUAAAUAUGAACACUUUGAAGUACAACAUAAAGGGCCUCAUCUAAGAAUAUGUGUGUGUAUGAGUUACCUUUACCUAUAAAAUAUUACAAAACCUUAAUAUCUGUCAAAUGUUUGGAGGGAUGUUGAUGUUUUCCAUAUCUGUAAAUGUCAGGACAAAGGUGUCCAGAGUCUCCAGCUGUACCACAUUUCACAGGGGAAACCAAGACUGAGCCUUCAGUUUAUAUUCCACACGACGUCUCUUCAUGUUUGUUGGUGUGUUUUUUUAAAACUCAUUCCAGGAAUAUAGAGGGGGAUUUAUUCUUGAAAGAGCAUCAAUACAUUUUUAAUCAAAAGAUUAAAUCUUAUUAUGAUGCAGCAAUGCUACCCUUUUCGGUGAUUGAUAAAACCGCUCACGAUGGAGCAGCAACAAACAAGUUACAACUCACAUUGUGAGCUGCAUUAAAGAUUUGGAUUUUGACUCACAUGCUGUUCACACAAAUAAUAUCUCAAACUGAAAUGGUGUUCGCUGCCAGAAGGAGCAUCAGGAGACCAAGAUA